UUGGAGUCAGGGGCGGAGCUAGGGCUCCCUCGGGGCGGAGCCAUUGGCCGCGCCCACCGCCACCCGGCAGUAGUUGUGGAGGUCAGCCCCGCCCGCUUCCUCUUUCCUUCGGCCUCUUUCCAUCGGCGCGGCGGCUGAUUGUGUAGACAUGGCCAAAAUUAAGGCUCGAGACCUUCGCGGCAAGAAGAAGGAGGAGCUGCUUAAACAGCUGGAAGACCUGAAGGUGGAAUUGUCCCAGCUGCGCGUCGCCAAAGUGACAGGCGGGGCGGCCUCCAAACUCUCCAAGAUCCGGGUUGUUCGUAAAUCCAUCGCCCGCGUUCUCACCGUCAUCAACCAGACUCAGAAAGAAAACCUCAGGAAAUUCUACAAGGGUAAGAAGUAUAAGCCCCUGGAUCUGCGGCCCAAGAAGACACGUGCCAUGCGCCGCCGGCUAAACAAGCACGAGGAAAACCUGAAGACCAAGAAGCAGCAGCGGAAGGAGCGGCUGUACCCACUGCGGAAGUAUGCGGUCAAGGCCUGAGCACCGGCAUCAAUAAAACACAAACAAACUGGC